CAUGUCCUUUGAGGGAUGCAGCUCAACUAAUGCCAGGCGGAGAUUAAUUCUCGGCACUAAUUCGCAGCCUCUAUCGCGCAAAACGCAUUGGGAUAGGCCAAGUGGGAAUUACGGUUCAGUCAUUGAGAACUGAGGGGAUUUUUGUGUGAUCAGUGCAUGAAGAUUUGAAGCGGCGUAACCAUACAGAUAAUUCAAGGUCUUGGUAUCGUGUAGAAGAUGUCAGGUUCGUACGACGAAUCCAGUGGAUUGGAGGAAACGACUGACAGUUUCUGGGAGAUUGGUAAUUACAAACGCUCAGUGAAGCGCAUUGAUGACGGACACAGAUUGUGCAAUGAUCUUAUGAACUGUGUCAAUGAACGGGCAAAGAUAGAGAAGUCCUACUCUCAGCAGUUAAUUGACUGGUCUAAAAGGUGGAAACAGCUCAUUGAAAAAGGAUCACAGUAUGGAACUCUGGAGAGAGCCUGGAUGGCGUUGAUGACCGAGGCAGAUAAAGUGAGCGAGCUACAUCUGGAGGUGAGAAAUGCAUUAACUUGUGAAGACUUUGAAAAGAUCAAGAACUGGCAGAAGGAUUCCUUUCACAAGCAGAUGAUAGGAGGCUUCAAAGAGACCAAAGAAGCAGAGGAUGGAUUCCGGAAAGCACAGAAACCUUGGGCUAAAAAACUAAAAGAGGUGGAGGCAGCUAAGAAGGCAUAUCAUCUUGCCUGUAAGGAGGAAAAGAUGGCAGCUACAAGAGAGGCAAACAGUAAGGCAGAGCAGUCAGUCACUCCUGAACAACAGAAGAAACUGCUGGACAAAGUGGAGAAAUGCAAACAGGAAGUACAGAAGACUAAAGAGAAGUACGAGAAAGCUUUGGAUGAAUUGAGUAAAUGUACCCCUCAGUACAUGGAGAAUAUGGAGCAAGUGUUUGAACAGUGCCAGCAGUUUGAGGAGAAACGACUGGUUUUCUUCAGAGAAGUGCUGCAAGACAUCAAGCGACAUCUAAACCUCGCUGAAAACAACAAUUAUGCCAACAUUUACCGAGAGCUGGAGCAGGUUAUCCGGGUCGCUGAUGCACAAGAGGACCUAAAGUGGUUCAGCACUACAUAUGGACCUGGAAUGGCGAUGAACUGGCCCCAGUUUGAGGAAUAUUCUCCGGACAUGACUCACACUAUUGCAAAAAGGGAGAAGGUAAAAAAGGCUAAUGAAGGUAUUUCUCUGACUAAUGUUUCACCAGGAGGAGAGCAGGUGACUCACAAUGUCGAUCGGGGCAGCCAUAGUAUCUGCCAGAAUAAUGAAAGAAGUUGCAAUGUUAAGCCUUUUGCUGAGAAUGAAGUCAACCAGGAGGUGAAAGAAGUCCUGAAAGAGGAAAAGAAAAAUGUGAGCAGCUACGAGAAGAAUCAGGCAUACUCUGCUGAAUGGUCGGAUGAUGAAACAAAUAACCCCAGCACAAAUGAUGCCAAUGGAGGAGCAAAUCCUUUCGACGAAGACUCUUCUCCUGCCCAUGUGCAGGGUGUGCGUGUACGUGCACUGUAUGAUUACGAAGGACAAGAGCAGGAUGAACUGAGCUUCAAAGCAGGUGAUUUCUUAACAAAGAUUGAAGAUGAGGAUGAACAGGGAUGGUGCAAAGGACGUCUGGAGAAUGGACAGCUGGGCUUGUAUCCAGCUAAUUAUGUAGAAGUGGUCUGAUAAGAUGUUCUAUUUAUGGAGCUAAUUGUUGCUACUGUAUAUACAUGGUCUAGAUAAUGCUCUUCAUGUUCUGAGCUGAUAUGACCAAUCAUUUCACUUUGUAUCUUUUGUUGGUAGGUUAGUGUCCUUUUGUCAUUUGUGUAAAUCAUGCCUCCAUCUGUCAGCUCAAAAGAUUGUAUUCCUUUAAUGUUCAGUGUAAAAUACCUAUUUAACAAGAAACCUACUUAACUUCAUGGUGUGUUCUUCUCCCUUCAUGAAGUGGCAGACACUUUGUUCUCACCGGAUGUUAUUAACCCAGUCGUUGCUCCUUAAAAAUUUUUACACUUGUAGAUCAAAACAGGGUUAGACCAGUAUCAGUCCCUUAACUGACUGUACAUCAUCACUCUAUUCUAGAAAUGUGCACGCGCACACACACACACACACACACACACACACACACACACACACACACACACACACACACACAUAUUUUUCAAUGCAAGAGUGGGCAGCCUUUAAGUUUCCCUCAAUUUCUUGCAUAUUGCAUUUAAAGAGAAGCUAAAUCAUGUUGGCUAUUAGUGGUUUCAUGCUGUCAUUUGUUCCUUGUAAGCUUUUUGACUACCGCAUUUCCAGUGUGAAAUAGUUCAUUGGAUAAUAUCCAUGGUAUGAAGAAAGAUUUCCAGUGACUCUCACUUUUCUGUUUCGAGGGUGAAUGUGUUGAUCUAUGUGUACUAAAUACCCAGUCAUCAAUGAAGAACUCUGCAGCUUUGAUCAGUGAGAGUAGUACUAAUUUGAAAUGUUUGUCUCUGAAAGCAUUGUUUGAAGAUGGUUCAGAGGCCCAGUUAUUAGCACAAUUGUUUAUUGCAAUGAAUUGUAGAAGUUGGGUAAUUGAAGUGAGUUCCUGUUAUUUAAGAGAAUACCCUAGUUAUGAGUUAUGAACUUGACUUGGAACAACCUCUGGAGAAUUAAGUAGGCAAAUAAAUUAAAACUGCUAAUAACUGGAGAAAUGAUUGAUGUAAUGCAAUGUUGUUUCCUUUUAUUUGCCAUACCUUAAUGUCAGUGUGUUCAUGCUGCAGUUGAUGAGAUACUAAGCUGAAAGCUCCUCUUACAAAUAAUCGUGCCACUUUUUACAAGGUAGCCAGUAUUGUUUUAGAAAGUGUAGAGCAUUAAGUAUCGUUGUUAAUGGGGUACCAUUUUACCAUUUUACAGGCAUGCACUGCAAUAUAGACAUAUUUUUCCUAGAAAAUAUUUUUCAUAUUUAAUCUGACAAGUGAAGAACAUUAUUGGCCAUACAUUGAGGCUCAAAUGUGCAGUUCAGUUAAAUGUGAACUGUAAGAUGCAUAGCACUCAAAAGAAAGAUUUUGGAAGUAAUCUGUCUGGUCCAGGAUCGUUGCAGUUACAUGUUCAAGUCUGCAAAAUUUGCUGGCUUCUGCCACCAGAGGGUGUCCCAUAUAUACUUGGCAGUAAGAUGAUCGCCUCUCUGGAAUAGCAGUCAGUUCCAGAUCUCUGUGAAUUUCUCCAUACUUUGUAUGAAAGCUUAGAUUUUACUUCUAUGGUGGAUGAAAAAGAAAACAUCAAGUUUUUGACCUGAGAUCAAAUGAAGUAUUUCCUGUUUAUUAGUGAUGGAACAGAGAUUUAAUUGUAAUUUUAAAGGAAGCCAAUAUUUGAAAACAUUUACCUUCCUUUUUUGGCCCUCCAUCUUACAAACUGUAUCCAGAUUUUUCCUGUGCUACCUGCUUAUCAAAACACUGAACACAAAUCUUCUGAUGAAUGAGUUCCUUUUUCUUCUACUUAGACUCCACAGUCUCAAAAUAAUCAGUAUAGAAGAGCAAAUGGAAACACUAAACCAUCAGGAUUUUUUUUUGCUGGAUUUACAAAGGAAUUAGAAUGAUUGGCAUGUGCUCCCUUUAUUUCUUCCCUUUUCUUUUGGGGUAGCAAGGUAGUGUAGUGGUUAGCACACCACUUUAUGGUACCAUGACCAGGGUUCAAUUCCUGCUGCUGCUGUUGGGAAUUUAUACGUUCUCCCUGUGAACUGUGUAGGUUUUCUCUGGGUGCUCCAGUUCUCCCUCUUUCCAACCCACCCCUUUCCACGGUCCAAAGACAUGCCAGUUAGUAGGUUAAUUGAUUAUUGUAAAUUGUCCUGGGAUUAGACCAGGAUUAAAUUGGUCGUUGCUGUGUGGUGUGGCUCGAGGGGCUGGAAGGGCCCAUUCCACACUGUAUCUCGAUAAAUAAAUAAAUUUGAUGUGGCAUUCAUAGAAGCCAAAACUACAGAAUUGAGAGGGUGUCAGGAAAGCCUUAAUAAUUACUUCAGCAUCUUAUUGGAAGUAAACAUCUAAAAGUAUAUUGCACUCUCCACUUGCUGGAGUAACAAUUUCAAACAGUUUUAUAAACAAUCAAAUUAAAGUCUUUCUAUUCUAAAUGUUACUUGCUGCAUAAUGGAACCAAGUUUCAAGAGAAUCUCAAAUUUACAGGACUUCCAACUCUCUAACAUUCCAUUACAAGUCAAAAAGAGAAAGCUUUUGAUGAUUAAUUUGCAGUUUAGUUUUGGGUCAUUUUUUUUUAAAUGUUUGUAUGGUACUUAGAUACAAGGUGAGAAGCAAAGGUGAAAUUACAGAUCUUUGUAUGUGGUAGUCUUAUGGGAACUGAGGUGAAUAUGAGCAACUAUAGUCACUAAUUGUCACUACUCAUUCUGUCACUCUAUUUUGAAAAGAGAUUCAUACUUUAAUAUGAACAUAGUAAUCUACAGCACAUUACAGGCCCUUUGGCCCACAUUGUUGUAACCUACUCUACUAAUUGCCUAGAAUUUCCCUAACGCAUAGCCCUCUAUUUUUCUGAGCUCCAUGUACCUGUCUAAGAGUCUUAAAAGACCCUAUUGUAUCCACCUCUACCACUGUCGCUAGCAGUGCGUUCCAUGCACCCACCAUUCUCUGUGUGGAAAAAUUUACCUCUACAUCCCCUUGUAUUGACUUCUAAGCACCUUAAAACUAUGCCCCCUUGUGUUAGCCAUUUCAGCCCUGGAAAAAGCCUCUGACUAUCCACACGAUCACUGCCUCUCAUCAUCUUGUACACCUCUAUCAGGUCACCUCUCAUCCUCCGUCACUCCAAGAUGGUAAAACAUUUGUAGCACAAUCUGAGUAGUAAGCAAAUUCUUGCCCUGAUUAAUAUUGCCUUCCACUGCUGAACAUUUUGGAAGUGCAUUUAGGCUGGAGGAUGAUAUGGGGAUGAGGAGGGAAAGGAAAGGACAUUUGGAACUUGAGUACUCUUUUUUUAUAUUAUUGGUUCAUUUCCCAAAACAAUUCCAUGAAACAUCCACACUUUACAUUUAUUGCCAAGUUUGUAAAUACUUUCCCAUUUUGCUCUCCCUCCACAGUUUUAGAUUCAUUUUGUGUUUGAUAUCAGACUAGCCACUUACUCAUUCCCUGAUUCCUCAGCCAAAAGCUAGAUUGAUGCCAAAAUACUUUGUCCUUACAUAAAUAUGUGUCUGCGUGUUUAUAUCCAUAGGAAAAUUCUCUCACUUUUAUGCAUUAUUUCUCCAACUUGUUCGUUUACUUGAUGUACCCAGACUUCCGUGUGACAUCCAUCAACAUUUUUAAGUUAUUCAUCAGUAUUGAAUAUGAGAAACAAAGAAUAUUUUGCUCUGUAUUGCAGAUCCACACAUGGGUAGAAAGCAAGUUAUUUGACAGCAUUUGUUUUGUUGUUCUGAUCACUAUAUGCACCAUAUAUUUGUUUAAUAUACUGACAAUUUUGAUAUUUUAACCCCCAUGUCCUUUUAGAUUGUGGCAAAUUGUUACCUGUAUGGGCCCAUCAAGAGCUCUGCCAUGUUUGGAAUUGCCUUAAUUAUUGGAGUGCUUUAUAAAUGAGAGUUGUGUCAAGAAUGAAUGUAAGAUAGCAAAAGAGAGAAAUCAGUCUUUCAAAUGAUGUUACGUGAGAUGAUUAUUGUUCGGUAGCUACUCACUAUUGGCAGUCAUUUGUCAAGUCAAAUAAAUUGAACUAUCCAGUAAUUUCAAAAACAAAUAAUAUAGCAAAGUUAGUGCUUUAAAAAUGAUAAUCCAAAUUAAGUAAGGCUGAAGUGAGGAACAUGUAGACUGUGCUGAUGUAAUGCAAAAGAGUCUGGUGUCUCAAUUCCUUGCUUCUAACCUUUUCAACUUUGCACAGAUACUUAAAACAAUUAGAAACAGCACUGUGAAAUGUGUAUAUCCUUUGCUUCAUUGUUCAACAGUAUUUCGGGCUCCUAUCCAUCAGUGCCACACUGAUCCCAGAAGUUGGAAAGCUAACUCUUAGACAGGUGCAUCUGAAUGCUGACUUUUAGUUCUUCAUGACAAAAUUCCCGAUUUGGUGGUCAAGUCUUAUUAGUAAAACAAGCAAGUGACAUUUGAAGUAUUAAACAAAGAAGUCUUUCUAGAUGUAUUGCAGUACAUGUGAAGGUGAAGUGAUGUGAAUUGGCCUCCUGAAGGUAAUCUCAGAUGUCCUGCAAAAACUCACCACAGCAUUUUCCACCAAAUUCUUGCUGUAUAGCACAAUUGGCUAUGGUGUUAUUACUCACUCCCUGAAUGGGAUUAAAAUCUGUCAGUAGUAGUCUCAGGUGUAUAACCAUAAGUUAAAUAGGUUUCAGCUUUUAAUAGGGUUUUAAAUUCCUAGAGCUGGGAGUUGACUAGAGGAGGUUAUGCACUCUUAAAAUGUAUAACUCUAUACUUCACUCUAGUUAAUACAAAGAUGCAGCUGGAAAAAAAAAGAUAUAUAUUUAGUAGAGUAUUUUGUAACCAAAUAUAUCUAUAAAGAAUAUAUUAUUUUGAAAAAGGAAAGCAUUCCUUGCCGAAGCAUAAAGUGCAGCUCAACUUGCGGAAUGUAAUGCAUUUGCAAUUCUUCAUCAAAAUGUAUGUGAUACUUAAUUUAUGGAUGUCUGUAUAUUAGAACGAAUGGUCAGAAUUAUGCAGAGGAACCUUCCGUAGCCCAAUGGGUAGCUAAUAAUUGGGUUACCACUAUUUGCCAAGUUCAAAAUCAGCAAAUCAAGACAAAUUGAUUUCAAGCAGAAAGUUAGAUUGUGAGUUGUGGUCUGGGAUUUGCUUGGCUAAGAUUCAUCUGAUUCGGUCUUAAAUGACUUUAUACUUAUGAACAACAUGCAGGUGUAGGGAGUAAGAUUUAGGAAUUGAAUAUAAAUCCAGAUUUCUUUAUCUAUUUUAAUUGCAUGUUAUCACUGGCAGUCUGGUAGCAUCAGUAACUUGCAGUGUUUUCCAAUAAUUCCUACUGCCCAUUCUGCUAAAAGCACAAACUGUGCUUAAUUUAACUUAUUCAUUAAACUGAGAAGGCAGUGUCAGUGCUUAAUAAAGGCCAUUUGUGUGUCAUUGUAGUGACAUGUGGCAGUGCUAUAUAGGAAAUAUUGAUAUACCAUUCUGCAAAUUCAAUUCCAAAUACAUGUACAAAAGUUGCAUAUGAUGCUAUUGUAUAAUCAGUGCAUAUGACUCUGUAAUUCAACAAGUACCUUGUGAUUGUACUGUGUGGAUAGGUUUGAGCUGAAUUUCCUCUGUAUGAUCACUAUUGUGAAUUGAAAGUUCCUUUCCUUUCAAACCAAUGUUUACAUGAUAAUUUAGCUAUGUUAAUACUACUGAUGUAGUGCCUGUUUGAACAAUACCUGCUGUUAAUGUGAACUGUAUAUGAGUCUGUUUGAGCCAUAUUCAUAUUUGGUAUGGAAACUGUUACCUUGCAUAUAAUUCUGAUGUCUCAGCUGAACUCUGCCUUGGUGCCAUGUGUAUUAUGUCACAGUGGUGGAGCAGAGAGCUUGUCGGAUCAGUGGGAAGAACAUUCAUGGACUAAGCUGAAUUGAGAAGCAAUUUAUAAAUCUCUACUGAAAAGGGUUUGAGUUUGGUAUUCUAUGAUGAACUGGGAACAUGAAUUUAAUUCAAAAUGCAGCCAUAGUAAGUAAGCAUUAAUGCAGGAUAAAAGGGAAUGAGUCGCUUCAGAAAAAUAAUCUGCUCAGUAUUAAAUAGGCUAUUUCUGUUCAGACUAUUAUAUACACUAUUUUUACCACAGUAGUUGCUGCCUAUUCUCUAUUGUGGGUGAGACAUUCUUUGACCAGGGAAGCAAGCUUUCCUACAAAUAACUCCAUUUUACAGUCAACACUUGUAGCUGCAAUGGUGUGAAAUGCUUGCAUGUCUUCCAGGGCGCUCUAAGCAAAAUUCACUGAAACGUGUAAUGCAUUGUGCAGUUAAUCUCGACCCUGGUUCAAAUAAGGGUAAGUUUCUUCAAUGAGCUAUGGACAAUUGCCGGCCAAGUAAUCCAUUGUUUUUGAAGUCUGAAUUUCUGAAACAUUAGCUUCCUUCUCAUCCCUUCCCAUAAACAAAUAGUAGCUGUAGCACAUGGGGGUCAAUUCUUUACUGAUUCUGGUGCAUCACUGAGUGAAUCCUAUGGCAAAUUCCAGAGUGCUAAAGAUCUGAAAUGGUGGCAUGUGGGAUGAGAUAAUGUAGCUGACUCCACAAUAUUGAGGAAAGUGGUACAAACUAAAUCCAUGCUCCACAUGGCUAAGAAAGUAGUCACUUUACUGAUAUUCCCUGAGGACUUCUGGUUUAAAAAAAAUCAAUA